AUGCGCGGAAGCUCAAGUGGCCUGGAGCGACGGUUGCACUUGCCCGGCGGGCCGGGCGCGCAUCCCUCCGUCGGGCCGUCGUCCUGCCUGGCGGGGGGCGCCCUGGGAGACCCCGUGCGCCGGCGCGUCAUCGGGCGCGCGGCGGGCGCCCAGCUGGGGGCCCUGAGGCGAGGGCGCCGGCCGCUCAGCUGCGGCCCGGGGCGUGGCGACGCCGCACGGGUUCUGUCUUCCUGCUCGCCUUCGCCGGGCCGGCUUUCGGUUUCGUUUCCCUGCCAGCGUCUCCACCCCAAGGAGCAGCCGGGCCGGCCCCCAGCCGUCGCCGCUGCCGUAGCCGCUGUCGGACCGCCAUGGCUCAGGCCGCCGUCGUCGUGGGGCGAGGUGACCCAGGUGCUGUGCGCGGCCGGCGGCGCCUUGGAGCUGUCGGAGCUGCGACGCCGCUUGCGGGCGGGCAUGAGCACCGACGCGCUGGAGCGGCUGCUGCGGGAGCGCGGGCGCUUCGUGGUGGCGGCGCGGGCGGGCGCGGGCGCGGGCGGCGUGGCGGCGGCCCGCGAGCGCGUGGUGCUGGCCGCGUCGCCGCUGCGCCUGUGCCGCGCGCACCAGGGCUCCAAGCCCGCCUGCGUGGGGGUCUGCGCGCAGCUGCACCUCUGCAAGUUCAUGGUCUACGGCGCCUGCAAGUUCCUGAGGGCCGGGAAGAACUGUAGGAAUGGUCACAGCUUGACAACUGAUCACAACGUCAGUGUGCUAAAAACUCAUGGUGUUGACCACCUCACCUAUAGUGAACUCUGUCAACUCUUGUUUCAGAAUGACCCCUGGCUUUUGCCGGAAAUCUGCGUACAUUACAACAAAGGAGACGGACCUUUGGCUUGUUCCUUUCAAGAUAAAUGUAACAAACUCCAUAUCUGCCAGUACUUCUUACAAGGGAGUGCAAGUUUGGCACUAGCUGUAAGAGAUCCCAUGAUUUCUCCAAUACUGAGAAUCUGGAGAAAUUGGAGAGGUUGGGCAUGAGCUCUGACCUGGUGAGCAGGCUGCCUUCCAUUUACAGAAAUGCACAUGACAUCAAGAACAAGGACUCUGCCCACACCAAAGUGCCCUCUCCUCCUGUAGGCACCCCGGGGA